GUCUGCAAUACUCCCGUUCACUCGCCCAAGAGUCUUUUCGAUGGAUCAUUCUCCACUUUUCAGUCGGUCGGAGUGCCCUCAACAUCAUCCUCACCGUUCCCCUCCCGCUUUCUGGCUCCGGGGUCUCCCGAUUUAGACCACAAAGAGCCAAUAUCCGAGUCCCCAAACCUUUCUGAGCCUCGAUGGCUUCACGACCAAUGCUUUGCAGAACAAAAUACCUCAUUGAAUGGGGGCAAAAAAAAAGAGGCAUUAAGACAGAAGAUGGAUUCCGAGUUGAUAACGCCUCCA